AUGCCUAUAGAUAACAAACCUCUUGCGCCAGAUGCACUUCUGUAUGAAGCAGAAGCCGCUUCAUUACCCUAUCUUGAUAUUAUUGCCCAGGCUCGGGAGGCGACUUUGUCCCCCUCACCACUGAUGCGUAUCUUGCACGAUCCUUCCCUUAUACCAUCUGGGUCUGUGGAGAACCUCAAAAAAGGGCAUAAGCGCCCAUCUCGAUCUCCCCGUCGUCGAGAGCACCGAGCUCCAGUUGUUGCUGCGAUUGCAAUUGCCGAAGAGGAACGUCAUGCAAAGCAUUUAAAAGGGCUUCUACGGGCAUCCAGUGACCAACUGGAGCGCGAAACGAGGAGGGCAGAUGAUGCAAUGGUAAGGGCAGAGUUUGCCGAGCGAGGAGAACGCGACGCACGAAUUCGGGCAGAAGUUGCAGAGGCGGCGAGAAAUGCAUUGGAAGAUGAGAGGAUGCGCCUGGAGAACGACGCCAGAGAUUACCAGAUGCAGAUGGAGGCAUCCCAGAGGGUGGCACGGCAAUUGGAAGAAGAUCUGGCAAAUGCACGAAGAGAAAUCGAAGAGUUGGAAUAUUCGGAAAGAAAAGCACAAGAAGCUCUCCGAAGGUACCAAGUAAUACUGCACGACAUGGAGCAGCAGAUCACACUGCGAGCAGCCGAGGCACAGAAAAUGAUAGACGAGUGUUAUGAAGACGGUAGAGAAGAGGGAUACGAGGAUGGGUAUCAGGAUGGCCUCGAGUCUGGAAGAAAGGAGGGAUGGAAAAAAGGGAAAAAAGAGGGACAAAGGCAGGGCAGAGAGCAAGGCCGUCGAGCUGAAAGACGAAACGCGUUGGAGGCGUUUGACAAGUUCCUCGUGGAAGAAACCAAUGACGGAGACGAAGAACAUAGGAGGGAGCGAACACGACGAUGGGCGGAAUCCAUCUACAAAGCAGAAAGAGUGCAAAACAGAGGCACUGGUCGUGAUGGCGGCGAAUUUGAAUGCGCCUGA